UUAAAGAGUGAAAUGGAUAAAAGACUGGUUUGCAGCAACGACCGUAAUAUCCUUCUGCUUUCAGCCAUAAAGACAGAUCUCAGUUUUCUGCUCGAGUGUCUGAAGUUUCAGAUGAAAUGUCCUGAUUUGCAAAAACAAGCUCUUCUCACCAUCCUCUCAAUCUGUGAAAAAAGAGAGGACACUGUGGACAUGCUGAGAGAAAUGGGAGGUGUGGCAUUUGUGUAUAACCUCUCCAAAUCCAGUAUCGUUCAUUCAGGCGUUAAGGAGACUGCACUCUUUACACUUGGCACGCUGGCAGAAGCCAAUGUGUAUUGCAAGAACUCUCUCAGCAGAAAGGAGACAUUUGCAGAGGUUGCUGGUUGGUUGAUGAAAGAAGACAUCCCACUGACACAUAAGAGAGUGUCUGUCUAUUUGCUGUCCGUGUUGGUUGCCAACAACAAAUCAGGACAGACUUUAGCCCAAACCACUGGCUGCCUGGAUAUUCUCCUGCACCUCUUCAGGACCGCUUUCCCCCUCUCAACAGAGCCUACUUUGAGAGCAGCUAAUGCUACUCAAACCUACCAACUUUGGGCAUCUGUGUCUAGUGCUCUCUGUGGAUGUGUCAACAACCCACAGAAUGAGGAGGGUCAGCGUGUUUGUGUGGCAGCCUUUCCCGUAAUAAAAAUCUGGCUUCAGCAGAUUGCUUUGCCACACACUGAGAUUUUUCAGCCCAUAUGUUCCUUCAUAGCAAUGACAGUUGCCAACAACUCCUGUGUCCAGGAGAGUUUUUCUGCCUCAGGUUGUCUGGACACCCUCAGUCUUGCACUGGUUCGUCUGGCUUCUGCAGCAGAUACAAGCUUGUUGUCUUGCCAGCUUUCUGUCACUAUAUCCAAGACCUUGUCAGCUUGCAUCACAGAUAACUCUUUUCUGGCUUCAGGUCUGGCUCAGUAUGGCGUGGUUUUCCACCUCUUCUUCCUGCUGGCUAGCCCACACCUGGAACCUGAGGACAGGCUCUCUGUUUUACUCACCCUGGGCCACUGUACUGAGGCCUCUGAGGAGCAUCAGUCCCAGUUGGUGCAGUGUGGAGGCCUGCCUUUUAUCAUAACCCUUCUCACUGAGGAUAUAAAUGAGGAGGUUAGGAAGGCUGCUACAUUCAUAUUGCAGUCCUGCAAACCGGCCCUCAUGUCCUUGGGAGUGCCUGGUCUGAUAUCGAGACAGGGGGAAGAUGAAAACGUGGAGCCCCUUAAAAACAUGGAAGGCUUCAAGAGCUCAGCAAGAGAGUUGCUGCGGAGGAUUGACCUGCUAGAGAAGAGACAGGCAGAUGAGGCUAUGGCUGAGCAGGAGGACACAGACCCAUCAGCUUCAACUGAAGGGCUAGGCCAACUAGCUCUACCUCCCACCUUACCUCUGCCUCUGCAGCAGAAGGAGAGCAUUAAAACCAUCCCCACAACAUAUAAACAAACCAGCACUCUUCAGCAAGUAGAAGCAGGGGGUGAUGACAACGUUCAACUUAAAACUGUCAGAAACAUGAUUGUGAAUGAGAAUGACGGCGAACUGAAGAACAAGAGCUUCAGUGUAAGUAUCUGGGAAGAGAAGGCUAAAACGAGUGGAGGGGAUGUGUGGUGCUCAGUGUGCAAGCGUACUGGAGCCCUGAUGUCUUCCCAUCUGCAGGCACUAGAGAGAGGCAGAGAGCCUCAUACAGCAGACAAUCAGUUGUUUAAGCACCCAGCACCAGUGAGGCGAUGUGUACCAAAAGAAAUCAAAUAUACUGAUGAAGAAGAGCUGCAGGAUCGUGAGAUGAGUAAGGUGGGGAAAAUCCCUGUGGAGGAACACUCACACUCUAAUAUCCGGUGUGCAGCUUGUGUGUUACCUUUUGAGGAGGUGACCAGUCGCACUUUUGCGUCUCUCCAAAGCUCCUGCCACCACAGCUGUGACAUGCACAAGGUUCUGCAGGAGGCCACAGAGCGGUUCAGGACUCGCCACUGCAACCUCCUGUUGAGGAGAGUGGAGCAGACAGAACCUGACCCAGAGAAAGAUUCAGCAGCAGCGCCACAGAGAAGCUGGAAAAACUGGAGUGAUGUCAGCCUGACUCCAAUACAUAAAGGAGCAGAGAAAGGAAAGAGCUCCCUGCUAGAAGACCACUGGAAGAAGCGCUUUGACAUCACUUUGACUCCACUGCACAAAGGAGCUAAAAAGGACAUCACUUUUAACAAGACAGGCCGCCUUCCAGGUCCAAGCUUGACUCCCCUGAAAAGGUCUCAUCUUCCUCAAGAGAAGAUAGAGCAAAGACUUCAGCUGUGAGGAGAUGCGCUACCUACCGGAGUGAAGAAAUACAGUUUCUCCUGGAACUUUAUCUUCUCCUUAUAACUCUCCCAGCCUGGAUGCACUAAUGUUGGCCUGGCCAAGAAAUACGCACAGCUAAUGGCAACAAGAGAAAAUCUCCUUUAAGAAGUUUGAUAUUUUUCAUCCUAACAGCCAAACUGCAUUCAGAUUAACAGCAGUUUGACUACUGUUUCUUUUCCUUCAAACCUUCCCUCUCUUCAGUUCAAAACACAAAGAGGCAUUUACUUCGUACAUUUAUAAUAUAUUCUACUGUGUGUGUGUUUACUUCAGAUAUUCAUAAUAUAUUGUACUGUAUUUAUAUGGAUUUGUAGCACUUUGGUGGAUAUUGUUCAUUGUUUCUUGUUAUUAAAACAGAUGUUUGAGAUUCUUA